AUGUCUGGAAAAGACUUCGUUUUUGAACCAUUUAAGGUUACAGAAGUAGAAUACCAAGGACCUGAAUGCCCUAGGCCUAGAAGUGGACACAGAAUAGCAUGUGAUGACACACACGUUUACUGUUUUGGAGGAUAUAACCCCUCACUACCUUUGAGCCAAAUACAGCGUCAAAAUCCUACUUGGACGCCGGCGAGGCCACUGUUUAGAGAACUAUGGAGUUUUAAUAUAGUUAGUCGAAAAUGGAAACAUCAUAGGGUAACAAAAAAUAUGCCUGACGAACUAGCAUCGAAUGCAAUGUGUAUGAAUGGAAGAUAUUUAAUGAUAUUUGGUGGUACAGGUGCUCCAUUUGGCAACAAAUGCAGUAAUGAUGUUACUGUAUGGAUGACAAACAAUGGUGACGCUAAGCUGGAACUACUUGAUGUGACAGGCUCUCGACCCCCAGGCCAGUAUGGGCAGUCUAUUCUCUGUCAUAAUGGUUAUUUCUACACUAUAGGUGGCACUAACGGAUUUGCAUACAAUUGCGAUAUUUAUAGGCUAGAUCUCCAAACAAUGGUGUGGGAGCCAGUAUUUAUUGGUAACGGACAGGACUGUGAACCACUCGGCAGGUACCGGCAUGAAGUUAUCAGGGAUGAAAACAGACUCUACAUAAUAGGUGGAGGGACAGGGGAACUGGCUUUUGACCUUAUGGAAAUACCUAUGUACGAUCUAGACAAAAACAUUUGGACAAUAUUAGUGCCAAAAGCGGAUGACACCAUAAAGAAUAUAGUUACACCGUUACCUAGGAAAUGUCAUAGUGCAGUGCAAGUAGAGACAGACAGUGGUGUGCAAGUUUUUGUUGCCGGUGGCACUGAUGGGCAAGGAGUGUUUGAAGACAUAUGGAGGUUAAAUGUAUCCAAUUUACAAUGGCAUUUAAUGCAAAAGACGGCCUUACCUCACCCCUUGUACUUCCAUUCCUCAGCGGUGACAUCAUACGGUUGUAUGUAUGUGUUUGGUGGUAUAGAACCUAAAGAAGAUGCGACAUGUAGAAACAAUAAGCUAUACAAAGUGUGGUUGUGCAUACCGAAGUUAAGUGAAAUAUGUUGGGAGGCAGUGGUAAAUUGCUUUCCGGAAAUGACUGAACGGGAUCGAACGAAUUUAUUGUUGAUGGGAAUCCCGAGGCAUUUUGUAGACAGGUUACAUCCAUAUUACUAG